AUUUAUCAGACUAUUAUAGUAAUUAUUAAAGUUUUGGGUCUGAAAAUGUAAUAUGCCAUGAAUGUUGUUGGCAGUGUCAGGUGAUCGAUCCUGUGAGGGAGAGGACGAAGAGAGUCAACUGGUCUGUUUAUUGAGACUCUGAGAGGCGUCACCACCAUGGGCUACCUGAAAAGCUACGCGCUGUACGGCCUCUCCCUGUACUUGCUGGUUGUGGCUGCCAUUGGUAUCGGCUACACCAUCACAGGCCAAGGGGAGAGGAUCGAUUUUGGAUGGUUCCUCUCCAAUGUGUCUCCAUACUUCUGGGCAGCUCUUGGCAUUGGCCUUACUGUGUCCCUCUCUGUGGUGGGGGCUGCCAUGGGCAUCCACACCACAGGAGUCAGCAUCGUGGGAGGCGGAGUGAGGGCCCCUCGUAUCAAGACCAAGAACCUCAUUUCUGUCAUUUUCUGCGAGGCUGUGGCCAUCUACGGGCUGAUUAUUGCUAUUAUCUUGGCUGGCGUGCUGGAGGAGUACAGCGAGAGCAAGGCAUCCUCUGACGUGAUCGAUCGUAACUUGUUCUCCGGCUACCUUAUGUUUGCCGCUGGCCUCACUGUCGGACUGACCAACCUCUUCUGUGGCCUGUCUGUCGGUGUUGUGGGUUCGGCUGCUGCCCUUGCUGAUGCGGCCGACAGCGCCCUGUUUGUGCGUAUCCUCAUUGUGGAGAUCUUUGCCAGUGCUAUCGGCCUCUUCGGACUGAUCGUGGGCAUUAUGCAGACCUCCAAAGCAAAGAUGGGCGACAAAGUGUAAGGUGUCCCAGCAGCAGCAGCAGCAGCAGGAGGAGGAGGAGGAAGAGGAGGAAGGAGUGACAGCACAGCAGGCCCACAUCCCCCUGCCUCCCUCUGCCAACAUUCCACACCCAUGCAUCAAAGAAAAUGGAGGAAGUGCAUGACAUUGAGAGGGGAUACUUGUGGAAACUGAAGAGAAAUUUGUAUUAUGAAACUACUACUACUACUGCUACUACUACUACUACAAAGGAAUAAAAAGUGCUUAGUAUUUUACAUAUUUAAAGCUUUUGAUGUGGUGCAAUUUCUCUCUCUCUCUCUCUCUCUCUCUCUCUCUCUCUCUCUCUCUCUCUCUCUCUCUCUCUCUCUCUCUCUCUCUCUCUCUCUCUCUCUCUCUCUCUCUCUCUCUCUCUCUCUCUCUUCCACGCCGGUUGUGAUGUUGUGGGGACAAAACAAUGCUACAGUGUGGGUUGUCUCUUUCCCCAUUAAGGUAAUUUGUCUCUUUCCAAAUUCUGAGGCACAAAAAUUAUGACUGUUCUACUUUAGUGUGUGUGUGUGUGUGUGUGUGUGUGUGUGUGUGUGUGUGUGUGUGUGUGUGUGUGUGUGUGUGUGUGUGUGUGUGUGUGUGUGUGUGUGUGUUACUUGUUUUGAUUUUGGUUUUUCAUUUUAAUUCACAAGUAACAAACAAAAAAAUGACUACUUCAACUACUAUUAUUACUACUACUACUACUACUACUACUACUACUACUGCUAUUUCUGCUCUCUAUCAUCAUUUCCUCCCAAACAACAAAAAAAAGGUCAAUGAACUUAUUGCAGCUUAUUAUUAUUGUUAUUAUUAUUAUUAUUAUUAUUAUUAUUAUUAUUAUUAUUAUUAUUAUUAUUAUUAUUAUUAUUAUUAUAGAUGAUAUAAAAGUUGUUAUGUCACAUGUAUAUAGAGAGAAAGAGAGAGAGAGAGAGAGAGGGAAAUAUACAUGAAAAAGAUACAGAAUAUAUACAUAAAACUGAGAAUAUUGAAAGUCUGUUAAAGAAAUAUAUACAUACCCAUCUUUGUGUAUGCGUGCAUGUAUGUGUACGUAUGUCUGUGUAUGUACGUGAGUGCGUGUGUGUGACAGUGAGUUAUAGAGCCACAUAUGUACAUAGUAAGUGACUGUGGUGAUGAGGAUAAUAGCAUAUAUAUAUAUUGUGGUGUGUUGCCUGAUCAAUAGAGACAGCCGGACAACCUUCCUCUUAAGUUAUCCUUGUAAAUAAUCUUGUGAUCGAUAGUCGCGAGUUGAAAUAGCCGUUAACACUCAGCAUUUUUGGGGACUAAGUUGCUUGGUUUUCAAUGUCGUUAUUAUUGAUCUAUUUUAUUUGUUAUUUAUUAUUAUUAUUAUUAUUAUUAUUAUUAUUAUUAUUAUUAUUAUUAUUAUUAUUAUUAUUAUUAUUAUUAUUAUUAUUAUUAACAUUGAAUCUUCACAUGUUCAUACAAUCUAUUUUUUGCCAUUAUUAUUAUUAUUAUUAUUAUUAUUAUUAUUAUUAUUAUUAUCAUUAUUAUUAUCAUUAUUAUUAUUAUUAUUACUACUACAACUACAGAACCCUUGAAAUACAUUAAAUUACUUGGUACAGAUUCAAACCAAAAUUACAAUAGUAAAAAACAUUAUUAUUAUCAUCAUUAUUAUUAUUAUUACUAUUGAUGUGUGUGUGUCUGUACAAUUCGUUGGGUUCACCUAUAACUGUUGUGGGAAUUAUAAAAACUCAAGGUGUA